AUGACAUAUAGUCAGAGAGCCCAAUUAAGGAACAAACAAUGCGGCUUGGAUAAUAAUGCUAAAGAGCAAGUGCACAGGGUUUUAGUCUGCUGCCCGAUAAUUCGGAGUUGGGAUCUACCAGAUAAAAGUGUCUGCGGACAAGGUCCUUCCACUCCUUAUAUUGUGGGUGGCAGUGUUGCACAGCAAAACGAGUUCCCCUGGAUUUCCCUGCUGCUCUACAAAUCUAACUUACCCUCGCUUCGGGACUCCCCUAUUUGUGCGGGCUCCUUGAUCACGAACCGCUAUGUCCUGACGGCAGCCCAUUGUUUGGACGUGAUUAACUUCACUGUCACAGAAGUGCGCCUCGGCGAGCACAAUCUUUCGACAAGUCCUGACUGCAUCGUGCUGCCAAGCAAUAAAGAACAAUGCGCUCCAGCGCACCUGGACAUCAAAGUGAGUCUGAGCAUCAAGCACGAGCAGUACUACACGAUUCAUGGAAGGUACUACUACAACGACAUUGCUCUGUUGCGACUCGAAAGUUCGGUAGCAUUUUCCUCUACAGUCAAACCCAUAUGUAUUAGGCCUGACUUUGAAUUAGCAUACUCCUCCUUUGAAAAGCGGUCUUUGAAAAUUGCUGGCUGGGGCAGUUACGGUGGGCCGCACCACAGCACAGUAUUGCGGUCCGGCACCAUCAUUGGAAUGAAUACUAAAAAUUGCUCAAGUCGGUUUCCCAGCCUAGGAACCCCCGAUGAGGACAUCCAUAUAUGUGCCAUGGGACAGGAUGGCACCGACACCGGACGCGGCGAUUCCGGUGGCCCGCUGAUGUUCUCAGAGGGAAGGGACGUUGAUCAAUUUUAUUACCUAGCCGGAAUAACCUCCUACGGAGGGGGUCCUCCGUAUGGAAGUGGACCAGCGAUUUACACAAAGACUUCUUCAUUUUUUCGUUGGAUAACGGAUAAAAUGUACGAGACCGAAAAUCAUUAUUUUGAUUUUUAG